UUGAGACUGGGAAGUCAGUUAUGAAGCCAUCAUUAAUGCAUGGAAACAGAGCCUGGUUGGUGUAAUGUGGAAAAGGGCUGUCUGAGGUCCUUUGAGCAUCAGCGUUUGGGGAAGUGAGAGUUGGUCUGGAGAGGGCCUUGAGGUGGGAGAUCCUCUCCCUGUUGCUUAAAGAACUUCCUUAGGAGAAUAACCUGCCAGCAGUAAAAUACGUUCUUUUUCUUAGGUGUGUGCAGCUUCUUGAGGUGGUGACAGAUCCACUCUGUGACUUUCAGCCAGAUUCAACCACCAGAUCCCAGAAAACAUGACCCUAGCUGCCUACAAGGAGAAGAUGAAAGAGCUCCCCCUGGUGUCCUUGUUUUGUUCCUGUUUCUUGGCUGAUCCUCUGAAUAAGUCAUCCUAUAAAUAUGAAGGCUGGUGUGGGAGACAGUGUAGGAGAAAAGAUCAAAGCCAGCGGAAAGACAGUGCUGACUGGAGAGAAAGAAGAGAGCAGGCAGACACAGUGGACCUGAACUGGUGUGUAAUUUCUGACAUGGAAGUCAUUGAGCUGAACAAAUGCACCUCAGGCCAGUCCUUUGAAGUCAUCCUGAAGCCACCUUCCUUUGAUGGGGUGCCUGAGUUCAAUGCCUCCCUGCCGCGGCGACGAGAUCCAUCACUGGAGGAGAUCCAGAAGAAACUAGAAGCAGCUGAAGAGCGACGGAAGUACCAGGAAGCUGAACUCCUGAAGCACCUGGCAGAAAAACGAGAACAUGAGCGGGAAGUGAUCCAAAAAGCCAUUGAGGAAAAUAACAACUUCAUCAAGAUGGCUAAGGAAAAACUCGCCCAGAAGAUGGAAUCCAAUAAGGAGAACCGGGAGGCCCACCUUGCCGCCAUGUUGGAACGUCUGCAGGAGAAGGACAAGCACGCGGAGGAGGUGCGGAAAAACAAGGAGCUGAAGGAAGAGGCCUCCAGGUAA